AUGCAGUUCUCCACCAUCAUCUUUGCUGCUGCCACUCUCUUCGCCGCUGGCGAGGCUUGCAAGUGCUUCACCGGCGCCAACAUCAACUUUGGUGCUUCUCGCAAAUGCUGCUCUCAGUCUGGCGGUCGCUGGACUGGUGACGAUUGCGCCUUUGCCGGUACCGGCGGCAACCUCGGCAAGUUCAACAGCUGCUGCGGCCAGAACGGCGCCAACUCGGACUGCGAGUAG